GCCCACUCAUAUGAAAGAGAAACUUCUCCUCAUGUAGCGAGCGCAUGGAGAAGUCUGUCAGUGUAUUUGUCAGCACAAGGCAGAGAGAGUUGGAGCGGAUGAUGAAUGGAUACAGUCUCACAUAGCGUUUGGAUCACAGCCACAGCCUGCUUACAAAAACUUACAAGACUUCAAAUACCAGGACAGCUCUCAUCUACUUAACAAACCACUUCUAAAAAUAUCCGUAUACAGGUGCACAGGUGGCAUGCAUUAUCCAUAGUUCCUUGCACUGGAAUUCCUAAAACGACUUCUUGGGAUAUUGCAGGGAAAAACAGGCAGACAAUACAAUUCUCAUCUUCAGGCACUUGGUCGAGGAGUGUGUGACCGCAUGUGUGCAUGAGUGUGUGAUGCGUCUGUAAACGGGACUCACCAUGCGUCCUCACAGACUGACUUUGCUGCUCUGCCUUUCUCUCUGCUUCUGUUUAGUCAACGUUCAGCCGUCAUCUGGCCAACAUUCACCUGUAGUCGUUCGUGGGGGUGCCGAGCGGAUCAAAGUUUUGUUCACCCCCACCAUCUGCAGACUGCGCUGCACGCAGGGACGCUGCACCAACUACUGCGAACGUGGAAAUGUCACCACUAUCUACAACAGCGAACAGGGACAACAACCAGUGCCCGGAUCUGGCUUCAGAGCGUUCGUGUGUCCUAUGUUGUGUAAGAAUGGAGGUGUGUGCAUACAGAAGGACCAGUGCCUGUGCCCUCCUAACUUUACUGGGAAGUUCUGCCACAUUCCCGUCGCAUCCGGAUCUUUCACCAAUGACAUUGAUAAAUCACUGUCAGGUGCCGUCGAUUCAGCCAAUCCUCCGAUGACCUCUGAGUACCUCCUGCCGCUGCAAACUCCCGAACAAACCAACAGUAAUGGUUCUCCCAUGGUGAAGGUAAGAGUUCAGCACCCUCCAGAGGCCAGUGUAAAAAUCCACCAGGUACUAAAGGUGGGUUACGGCCCCACCGUGCACGAACAAUCCGAAACGGUCACUUGGUCUUCAGGGCUGUCAGGCGCUCGCACGCGACACCUACCAGGAGAGAGAGCGGAGGCCCCGCCCCCACGGAUACAAGCCCAGACCAUACGCGGAGAUUCAGUCUACACCGAGUCAUCUGGUUUCAAAUACUGCUUCAGAGAAGUUCGCAAUGGACAGUGCAGUUCUCCUUUGCCUGGUCUGCGGAGUCAAGACACAUGCUGCAGGGGAGCCGGGAAAGCCUGGGGUAUCAACGAGUGUACGCUCUGUCCAACAGGCUUUGGAAACAGUGUGAAUGGACAGGGGAGUUGCCCUAAAGGCUUUGAGAGGGUCAAUGGGACGCAAUGUGUGGAUAUUAACGAGUGUUUGCAGCCUGGUUUCUGUGAAAAUGGGAAUUGUGUUAACACCCGAGGGAGCUACAGUUGUGUCUGCAAUAAUGGCUACUUAUUGGACGCCUCUCACGGGAUCUGCGUCUCACAGGUGGUGAUAUCUGAAGUGAAGGACCAAUGUUUCCGAAUCGUAAAUCAGGCCUCCUGUUCUCUACCCAUCUUGAGGAACAUCACCAAGCAAAUCUGCUGCUGUAGUCGAGUUGGUAAAGCCUGGGGGAAGAAGUGCGAGCUGUGUCCUUACUUCGGCUCAGAUGCUUUUAAAGAGAUCUGUCCUGCUGGACCGGGGUACCAUUAUUCUGCGUCAGCCAUCAAGUUUAAUCAGAGGCUAGCUGAGAUGCUCGAUACUGGUGGGCCCCCUCUGGUCUCUGAGAAUGGACGCUCAUCCGCGCAUGAGGUGGGACUCCGACCUGCUGGGCCGGAAAGCACGCAAACCAUUAGAGUCAAUCAACCUCAACCAAGACCGUUCCAACCUGUAAUCCGCCCUGGGAGCGGCGCCACGGCAACCAGCCAGCCAACCAGAGUGAUCUCCACUUUUGUCCGGACCUACACCAGCCGGCCUUCUGUUAACAGACAGCCGAUAUCUCCAGCAAGACCACUCCCUGUGCCAGUGACGGCCCGCCCACCUCCACCUAGGCAAGACGUACGAGUUUGUGAAUCAAGACCUCAGGUGUGUGGACCGGGUACCUGCCAUGACCUGCCAGGUGGCAGACAUACCUGUUUUUGCAAGCCUGGGUAUAUAUUCAAUCCGCAGCAAGCUCGCUGCCAAGAUAUAAACGAGUGCGUGUUGACAACCAGGCCAUGCUCUGCAGGACAGUGUGAGAACACAGAGGGAAGUUUCAUCUGUACGUGUCCAUCAGGAUACCAGACCAACUCACAGAAGACCCAAUGCAUCGAUGUUGAUGAGUGCCGUCAGGUGCCUAACCCUUGUAUUAAUGGCCGCUGUGAGAACACACUUGGCAGCUUCAGAUGUGUGUGCAGACUUGGAUACAAGCUAGAGGGAAAUAGCUGUUUAGACAUAGAUGAGUGUGUUGAUCCUCUUCGCUGUCCUGGUCAGGAAUGUUUAAACUCUCAGGGCUCAUUCAGAUGUGUUUCCUGUAAGCCUGGCUUUGACUUACUCAACGGACAGUGUUCAGAUAUUGAUGAAUGUCGUCGCACCCCGUCCCCCUGCGCAGAAGGCCGUUGUGAGAAUACACCAGGCAGCUAUAGGUGCUCGUGUCGAAUAGGAUACAGAUUCCAGGGCAACACUUGUGUGGAUGUAGAUGAGUGUCAGGACCCAUUGCAGUGUCCCGGUCAGGAGUGUGUGAACUCUCAGGGUUCGUACAAGUGUGUGUCGUGCAGACCUGGAUUCGGCCUCAUCAACCGAAGGUGCUCAGAUAUUGAUGAAUGUCGUCAGACACCGUCUCCUUGCUCUAACGGUCUGUGUGAGAAUACACUUGGCAGUUUCAGGUGUACGUGCAGAACAGGAUACAGACAGCAGGGCGGCACCUGCUUAGAUGUGAAUGAGUGUGAAGAUCCAGCUCAAUGUCCUGGUCAGGAGUGUGUGAACUCUCAAGGUUCCUAUAGGUGUGUUUCCUGCAGGCCUGGAUUUAGUCUUAGAAAUGGAGCGUGUGCAGAUAUCGAUGAGUGCCGCCAGACUCCUACACUGUGUGUUGACGGACGCUGUGAGAAUACUGCAGGAAGCUACAGAUGUCUGUGUCAACCUGGCUUCAGACUGGAUGGAAACAAAUGCAAAGAUGUGAACGAGUGUGAAAAUGUACUACAGUGCCCAGGGAAAGAGUGUGUGAACUCCAUCGGCUCCUUCAGUUGCGUGUCCUGCCAGCCGGGCUUCGAGGUUCUUAAUGGCCAAUGUCAAGACAUAGACGAAUGUGUUCGAAAUCCCUCACGCUGCACAAACGGCGAGUGUAAAAAUACUCCAGGCAGCUACAGAUGUAUUUGUUCUCUAGGCUUUCAACUAAAGGACGGUACCUGCACUGACAUAGACGAAUGUUUGGAUCCACUCCAGUGUCCCGGUCAGCAGUGCUUGAAUUCUCUGGGCUCGUACCGUUGCGUUCGUUGCAGAGAUGGGCAUAGCAUGCAAAACGGACGCUGUACAGACAUUGAUGAAUGUGCGAGCGCUCAGAUUUGUGGAUCACAGAGCUUGUGUGUGAAUACAGACGGGUCCUAUCGCUGUGACUGUCUGCCAGGAUACAGAGCAGCUGGUGCCAGACGCCAAUGCAGAGACAUUAAUGAGUGUCUCGAAGGAGAUUUCUGCUUUCCAAGAGGAGAGUGUGUGAACACGGAUGGCUCUUAUAAGUGCGUUUGCGCGCAAGGCUACAAGACCGGCGUCAACUCGACAUCCUGCCAAGAUGACGAUGAGUGUGCACGAGAGGGAGUUUGCCAGGACGGCCGCUGUAUCAAUACUGAGGGAUCAUUCCAGUGCCACUGCCGAACCGGAUUCACCACCAACCCCGAGAAAACAGCCUGCCUGGAUGUGAAUGAGUGUUUGGACUCGGUGGGGGCCGUGUGUGGAUCCCAGCGCUGUGAGAACACCAUUGGCUCUUUCCGCUGUAUAACAUCCUGUGAGCCUGGAUACCACAUCACAGCAACAGGAGAGUGUGUGGACAUCAACGAGUGUGCCAAUGAGACGGUGUGUGGAGACCAUGCCUUCUGUCGGAAUCUGAUUGGCACAUAUCAGUGCCUCUGCGACCAGGGUUAUGAGUCUACAGGUGAAUCGCAGGCGUGUAUUGACAUUAAUGAGUGUGAGACGAUGCAGGGCGUGUGUGGCUCCGCCCGCUGCUGGAAUGUGGGAGGAUCUUUCACAUGCGAAUGUGAGAACGAACUGGAGGAGUUUGACCUGCAUGCAAGGCAGUGUGUAAACAGAGCGAAGCCAGCAAGUCGUCCAGGACAGCCAGGCGGUGGUUCUUCUACCUCAGCUGGUCAUGGAUCGGCGGGUUCUUCUGGGUCAGGAUCUGCUUCUCUUCCCAAAGCUCGUCCCGGAGAACUGAGAGAGUGUUACUACGGUAUCUCAGACUCAUACUCGUGUAAGAUAUUGUCUCAAAACAGCACACAACAGGAGUGCUGCUGUACCGCUGGCCAGGGUUGGGGUCUCCGCUGCCAGUACGACAUCUGCCCUGAAGCUGGAACAGCUGAAUUCCAGUCUCUGUGUCCCAAUGGAAGGGGGUAUGUUACUACAGAAACAGGAGCGUUCAACUACAAGGAUGUGGAUGAGUGUAAGCUGUUUGAUACAGAGGUGUGUAAAGGUGGCGUGUGUGUCAACAACAUUCCUGGCUAUGCUUGUUACUGCACCAGUGGAUACUACUAUGACACAGAGGCGCUGGAAUGUAUCGAUAAUGAUGAAUGUCAUAGUGAAGAUUCGUGUACUGGUGGAUUAUGUGUAAAUACAUUGGGAUCAUUUUACUGUACAUGUGAGCCCCCCCUAGUGCUGGAUGACACACAGCGCAGCUGCAUCAAUGCAACUGGUUUAACUGCAGAUGACAGCUUGAAUUUCUGUUGGCGCCAUGUCACGGCAAGUCUUGUGUGUCAGAGCCCUCUGUUGGGAGUUCAGCUGAGCUUCACCGAGUGUUGUUGUUUGUAUGGUGAGGCCUGGGGUAUGCAGUGCGCCCUCUGUCCCCGCAGAGAUGAAGUGGCCCAUGAGGCUUUAUGUACUGAGUUUGGUCCACCUCCGUAUUCUCCUCGUUAUUAUGAGCGGUACGGCCCAGAGACUCUUCCCGGGAGAGAAGGAUACAGUCCGCCUUACGGCCCCCCUGAGUUUCCCGAAACCUUUCCUGGACGCUCGGAUUACAACCCUACUGAUUAUGGUGACUACGGCACUUAUAGGGGAGGGGACAGGAGGUCUGGGCUGAGAAGUAGACCGCCGACUUCAUACGGACCCCCAGACCCCCCGUAUAGACGCCCAGGUUUAGGCGGAAGUCACUAUUAUGGGGAGGACGAUUACGAAACCGCCCCUGGCCCUCCCUUCGGAAUCCCGGAUCCUCGCAGCGAGCGAGGGUUCGAGUCACGACCCCUCCCAUCCCGGGCAGACGGGAUGCCACUGAGUCUGGCCCCCCUCCCGGAGAAUUCCCCGUACGCUGAGAGUGAGGGAGAGGAGACCUGGAGAGCCCCGCCCCCAUUCCCAAUCCAACCUGACAGACGGGAGGGACCCCGGAGAGCCUAUGACCGGAGAUAUGAACCAUACGGAAGUCUGAGUUCAGAGGAGUGUGGAAUUCUUCAGGGUUGUGAGAAUGGCCGCUGUAUCCGAGUGGAUGAAGGUUACACCUGUGACUGUUACGACGGCUACCAUCUCGACAUCACCACCAUGACAUGCAUAGAUGUGGAUGAGUGUGAGGAAGAAGAAACAACAGACUGUAUUAACGGUCGGUGUGUAAACACAGAAGGCUCGUACAGGUGCGUGUGUCUCAGGGGAUUCAUCAUGUCACGAAGACCCAACUACUGCAUUCCUGCUUGAACACAAACCCAACAAAACACAUUUAUCUAAAACUGGACUGUCAAUAAUCUGUCAGACUAGAGUUUAUUAUACGGAUCGGUAGUAAUUGUUUUUUCCAAAGUGAGGUAAAGUGUUUAUUACUUUACAAUAUUUGUGUGUAUCAAAAAGCCCAAUACUGCAGCUUUAUACAUUACACACACACAUGAAAGACUCAGAUACUGUUGUAUUCAACAUAAAAAUGAUGUUUUAGAAUACCAGUACUAUAUAAACUAGAAGCGCUUUGAACUAGUUAAAUCUAUAUUGUUUACUUAAAUGUCAUAUUUAUGUACACAUUUCAAUGAAGGCAAUUUCACAUAUACUAUGUCAAAUGUAAAUGUAUUUACAUGAUUUUUACUUUUUUUUUUGUUUUACAACUUUGGUCUUAUAAAAGUCUGAGAAAAGAAAAUCUCACCAUGUUAUUAUUUGAUACUGUAAACAUUCUUAUUUUCUGCCAUUUGUUUCCUUUCGUCUGUUUCAACUAGUCUCGUUGCAAAUCUUUUUUUUAUGUAACAUAAAUGCACUGUAUUUGUGGAGGAAAUGCAGUUGUGUGAGUUUUCAUGCAACUACUAUUGUACAUUUUUUUUAAAGACGUCUUCGAUGUUUGUUACAGUGCAUAUUUGUAUGUAUGUUUUUGAUAUCUUCUACUUUGAUAUCUUCUAAAAAACAACGGAAAAAUAUAUUUGCACACAUUCUAUUGUA